AUGGGUUUCAUGGUCCAUUGUCCACCUGCUGUUCAGGCUAUUGAGCCUUCACAUGCAGCAGACUUCCUAAUCUCAGCUCUUCGUGUUACCGCCAGGGGAGAUAUUACCCUCGUAGGCAAAUUUCAGCUGCUCCACGUUAAGAGUCUUGAUAAGAUCUCAGGUAUAUUGGACGAGCCAGGCUUCGAUCCAGCUCCCGCUCUCUUCUGUCUCGUGAACGAUAGCCUUCAUUCAGUGGAAUUGGACCAUACACCCAAGACUCAGCCUCCGCAGGUUGGUUUUCAUCAAUUUCACAGUGAUGGUAUGAUGGUCCCCAUGGGCGUAAAACUUGCAUGGUCCACAGACCCGGAGCCUGAAUAG